ACGAAUAUUUUUGUUAUCCAUGUAGAAAAAUAGGGAUUACGAAUCUGGGAAAUAUAUCUUUUUAAAGUUUAAUUUUUCUUAAAGAAACACUCACCUCACCCAUCCAUUCAUUCGAUUCAAACCUCUGUCAUUUGCCUGCAUCCUGACUCAUUGAGCUGGUGUCAUUUGAUUUCCAGUUCAUGUAAUCAAGAGAGGGAUAUUUGUUGCUCGGCGGAGAGUGACACAAGCUCGCUUGGAACAUGUGGCUGUUGUCUCGAGGUAUGCCAGCAGACGAUAGAAACUCUUACCCAUGCAUCAUCGAAAAGUAGAAAUUAAAAUCAUCAUCGUUUGUAGAGCUCAUGAUUAAAGGAAAGAGAACUAAUUCUUCUUUCAAAAUUAAGUGUGAAACCUUCAUAUAAAAUACCUAAAACUUAUCGAAGAAAAUUUUUGUCAGAAAUAUAAAAAACUGGAUUACGGUUAGAAAUUCCAACAAGAGUUACCUCCCAUAUGUGUUUUAUUAAACGAGACGCAUGCGCAUUAACUGUACUUCCGCAUUCACUUGCACAUUGAAACAAAUUUGUUUUGUGCGUCAGUGUCUCUUAUUUAACUUUUACAAGUACACACAAACUUACACACUUAAAGUACGUUUAAUACAUAUUAUACACACACUUUAUAACAAGUCUUUCUUUCAUGAAACAUUUCUAAUAUCAUAUGACAGUGGGAUAACUGAAGAUACAUACUCAAUAUUUAUCAUCUUUUAAGACUGAAAAGAAUUGAUGUACAUAGCAAAUUCUUUGUAAAGAGUGAAUUAUAAGAAAGAAAGCAAGAACAAUAUAUAUACAUUGUGAUUUGAGGAGAAAAAUAAUGGAAAAGAGUGAGCAGGUUGAAGAAUUGAUUUCUCAUGAAGACAUGAUAAAAGAGAUAAGAAAGUCUUCAUAUAACUGUGAUGUCUGUAAAAGAUGCUUCUCUCAAAAAAGUAACUUAACUAAACACAAACGUAUUCAUACUGGAGAGAAGCCAUUUCACUGUGAUGUCUGUGGCAAAUCGUUCUCUCGCAGUUGUGACUUAACUACACACAUACGUACUCAUACAGGAGAGAAACCAUAUCAUUGUGAUAUCUGUGGUAAAUCAUUCUCUCAAAGAUGUCACUUAACUAAACACAAAUGUAUUCAUACUGGAGAGAAGCCAUUUCACUGUGAUGUCUGUGGUAAAUUGUUCUCUCGCAGUUGUGACUUAACUACACACAUACGUAUUCAUACAGGAGAGAAGCCAUAUCAUUGUGAUAUCUGUGGUAAAACAUUCUCUGAUAGUAGUGCUUUACCUAGACAUAAACGUAUUCAUACAGGAGAGAAACCAUAUCACUGUAUUACCUGUGGUAAAUCAUUCUCUGACAGUAAUACCUUGACUUCACACAAACGUACUCAUACAGGAGAGAAGCCAUACCAUUGUGAUAUCUGUGGUAAAUCAUUCUCUAAGAAUUGUCACUUAACCACACAUAAACGUAACCAUACAGGAGAGAAACUAUAUCACUGUGAUACCUGUGGUAAAUCAUUCUCACAAAAUAGUCACUUAACUGCUCAUAGAUAUAUUCAUACAGGAGAGAAGCCUUAUCAUUGUGAUAUCUGUGGUAAAUCUUUCACUUGCAAUAGUGCCAUGACUGCACACAGAUGUAUUCAUACAGGAGAGAAUCCCUAUCACUGUGAUAUCUGUGGUAAAUCAUUCUCUAGAAGUAUUCACGUUACUACACACAAACGUACUCACACAGGAGAGAAGCCACAUCAUUGUGAUAUCUGUGGUAAAUCAUUCUCUGAUAGUAGUGCUUUACCUAGACACAAACGUAUUCAUACAGGAGAGAAACCAUAUCAGUGUGAUAUUUGUGGUAAAUCAUUCUCUGACAGUAGUCGCCUAACUGCACACAGACCUAUUCAUAUUGGAGAGAAACAACAUCACUGAUGCCUGCAGUAAAUCAUUCUCCAUGUAACUGCUACCAGUGGUUAAUCAUAUUCUAAAAAUGGUUCUUUAACUGCCCACAGACGUGUUCAUACAGGAGUGAAGCUGUGUCAUUGUGAUACCUGCACACAAACGUGUGUUCAUACAGGAGAGAAACCAUAUGACAAUGAUAUCUGUGGUAAAUCGAUCUCUGUAAGUAGUGACUUAACUAGACAUAAAUGUAUUCAUACAGGAGAGAAACCAUAUCAUUGUCAACUGUCUGUAGAAACCUUGUCCCAUGCUGCAUCAGAGAGUAGAAGUUAAAAAUCUUCAUUGUUUCUCGGGCCCGUGAUUAAAAGAAUGAGUACUAAUUCUAGUUUCAGAAUUAGGGGUGAAAUCAGGAUGAUAAGGAGAGUCAGUGUUAUCACUAGGAAUUACCUUCAUAUAAAAUAUCUGAAACUAGUUCUAGAAAAGUUUUAUUAUGGAGACAGACAGGAAAAACAAUUGCAUUAAAUUGAAACAUUGCGACAAGAGUUAUCUCCCGUAUGUGUUUUAUUUAACGAUACGCAUGGGCAAUAAUUGUACUUCCGUUUUUACCUUCACUUUGAAAGAAGUAUAAUUCGAGCAGGAAUUUGUUUCAAUUAACUUCUACAAACACUUUUGAUACUUUUCUCAAUACACAUAAUUCACACACUUUAUAACUAUUCUUUCUUUUAUGAAACAUUUCCAAUAUCAUAUGACAUUGGGAUAACUGAAGAUACAUCCUCAAUAUUUAUAAUCUUUUAAAACUGAAAGAAAAUGAUGUACAAAGCAUAUUCUUUGUAAGAGUAAACUAUAAGAAGGAAAACAAGAACAAUAUAUAUAUACAUUGUGAUUCAAGGAGAAAAAUAAUGGAAAAGAGUGAGAAGCUUGAAGAAUUGAUUUUCCAUGAAGAUAUGAUAAAAGACAUAAAGAAGUCUUCAUAUGACUGAUGUCUGUAAAAGGUCCUUCUCUCGAAAAAGUGACCUAACUGUACACAAACGUAUUCAUACUGGAGAGAAGCCAUUUCAUUGUGAUAUCUGUGGUAAAUUGUUUUCUCGCAAUAGUGUCUUAAUUAUACACAAACGUGUUCAUACAGGAGAGAAACCAUAUCAUUGUGAUAUCUGGUAAUUCAUUCUCCAACAGUAGUCACUUAACUGCACAUAGACGUAUUCAUACAAGAGAGAAACCAUAUCACUGUGAUAUCUGUGGUAAAUUAUUUUCUCACAGCGUUAACUUAACUGUGCACAAACGUACCCAUACAGGAGAGAAACCAUAUCAGUGUGAUAUCUGUGGUAAAUCAUUCUCUAAUAAUUGUCACUUAACUACACACAGACGUAUUCAUACAGGAGAGAAACCAUUUCACUGUGAUAUCUGUGAUAAAUCAUUCUCUGAUAGUAGUGCUUUACCUAGACACAAAUGUAUUCAUACAAGUGAGAAGCCACAUCAUUGUGAUGUUUGUGGUAAAUCAUUCUUUUGAAUUA